AUGGAGCGUCUGGCGCCCCGUGCCUGCCUGGCCCUGCUGUGGGCUUGUGUGCUGGCCGCGGCCGCCGCGGCGCAGGGCAAAGAAGGCGGGCAGGAGAGUGCAGGGGGAGUUUCGGGCCAACCUGCCCACGCAGAACCACCCUGUCUUCCCAACCGGCGUUCCCAGGCUCGGGGGUCAGGUUCGGGGCCACGAGUGCGGACAGGAAGUCCCAAAGUCAAGCGUUCUGAGCUAGGGGUGACUCAGAACGAGGAAAUGCGGCAGUGGGACCUGAUGCAGAACAUCAUGGACGACAUGCCCAUCUACAUGUACUCUGUGUGCAACGUGGUGGCCGGCGACCAGGACAACUGGCUCCGCACCAACUGGGUGUACCGCGGCGAGGCCGAGCGCAUCUUCAUCGAGCUCAAGUUCACCGUGCGUGACUGCAACAGCUUCCCGGGGGGCGCCAGCUCCUGCAAGGAGACUUUCAACCUCUACUACGCCGAGUCGGACGUGGACUAUGGCACCAACUUCCAGAAGCGCCAGUUCACCAAGAUUGACACCAUUGCGCCUGACGAGAUCACGGUCAGCAGCGACUUCGAGGCCCGCCACGUGAAGCUGAAUGUGGAGGAACGCUCCGUGGGCCCGCUUAGCCGCAAGGGCUUCUACCUGGCCUUCCAGGACAUUGGCGCCUGCGUGGCGCUGCUCUCCGUCCGUGUCUACUACAAGAAGUGCCCCGAGCUGCUGCAGGGCCUGGCCCGCUUCCCCGAGACCAUCGCGGGCUCCGACGCACCCUCCCUGGCCACCGUGGCUGGCACCUGCGUGGACCAUGCCAUGGUGCCACCUGGGGGCGAAGAGCCCCGCAUGCACUGCGCGGUGGAUGGCGAGUGGUUGGUGCCCAUCGGUCAGUGCCUGUGCCAGGAGGGCUACGAGAAGGUGGAGGACGCCUGCCAGGCCUGCUCCCCUGGAUUCUUCAAGUCCGAGGUGUCCGAGAGCCCCUGUCUGAAGUGCCCCGUGCACACCCUGCUGUCCCCCGAGGGGGCCACCUUCUGUGAGUGCGAGGAAGGCUACUUCCGGGCACCGCAGGACCUGCUGUCGAUGCCCUGCACUCGCCCGCCCUCCGCCCCGCACUACCUCACAGCUGUGGGCAUGGGCGCCAAAGUGGAGCUGCGCUGGACGCCCCCCCAGGACAGCGGGGGCCGUGAGGACAUCAUCUACAGCGUCACCUGUGAACAGUGCUGGCCCGAGUCCGGCGAGUGCGGGCCCUGCGAGGCCAGCGUGCGCUACUCCGAGCCGCCGCACGCGCUGACCCGCACCAGCGUGAUCGUCAGUGACCUGGAGCCGCACAUGAACUACACCUUCGCGGUAGAGGCCCGCAACGGUGUCUCGGGCCUGGUGGCCAGCCGCAGCUUCCGCACUGCCAGUGUCAGCAUCAACCAGACAGCUCCCAGAGCUUCCUGCCUGCGUGUCCAGAGGAAGUGUGGACACACCGUUACUACCAAGAGCAAAGAUAACGACCGCCACGUCCUGAGCUCCUACGGCGUGCCAGGCGCUAUGUCCCACCUGUUCUGUUUCAGGGCCCACGUUCCCGGUACCCAACUCACACAACGUCUGGAACUCAUGAAUCUUGCUGCCGGCCCCCUGGCCUUCCUGCGUCAGCGCCUGCACCUGGACCAGUUCACCUCGGCCAGCGACGUGUGGAGCUAUGGCAUCGUCAUGUGGGAGGUGAUGACCUAUGGCGAGAGGCCCUACUGGGAGCUGUCAAACCAUGAGGUGAUGAAGGCCAUCAACGAAGGCUUCCGGCUCCCCACCCCCAUGGACUGCCCCUCCGCCAUCUACCAGCUCAUGAUGCAGUGCUGGCAGCAGGAACGCGCCCGCCGCCCCAAGUUCGCCGACAUCGUCAGCAUCCUCGACAAGCUCAUCCGAGCUCCUGACUCCCUCAAGACCCUGGCUGACUUUGACCCCCGCGUGUCUAUCCGGCUGCCCAGCACCAGUGGCUCAGAGGGCGUGCCCUUUCGCACGGUGUCCGAGUGGCUCGAAUCCAUCAAGAUGCAGCAGUACACAGAGCACUUCCUGGCGGCCGGCUACACCGCCAUCGAGAAGGUGGUGCAGAUGACCAAUGACGACAUCAAGAGGAUUGGGGUGCGGCUGCCCGGCCACCAGAAACGCAUCGCCUACAGCCUGCUGGGACUCAAGGACCAGGUGAACACAGUGGGGAUCCCCAUCUGA